CGCGGCGGAAAAAAAAAAAAAAAAACAUCACAGCGGGAAGGUCGGUCGGUUCAUAUCCAGCUCGCGCGGCGAGCCCGGUGACCCCGCGCGACUUUCCAGGAUGGGCGUGGUCACUGAAGGAGAAGACGUCUUAGCACGAUGGAGCGACGGACUUUUAUACCUAGGCAACGUCAAAAGAGUAGACGUCGUCAAACAGUGCUGUUUGGUCAGAUUUGAGGAUAACUCUGAGUUCUGGGUCCUCAGGAAAGACAUUCACUCAUUCUCAGCCAGUGGAGAGGAAGUGUGUUGUGUCUGUGACGGUCCUCCUCUUAAAGAGCCGCUCAUAAACUGUCUGAAAUGCCGCCACAGUUAUCAUGCUCAGUGCCACACUCCGGCCAUCGACCCCGAGGUGGACAGCGACUCCUGGAUCUGUCGCCAGUGCGUCUUUGCCGUCGCCACCAAGAGAGGCGGAGCCUUAAAACGAGGGCGCUUUGCUCGACUCAUGCAGUUGAUGAAGUUGAGGCUGCCCUAUCAGCUUUCCACUCUGGACUGGGAUGCUCAGCAUCUGACCAAUCAGCAACAGUGUUACUGCUACUGUGCUGGACCAGGAGAGUGGAACCUGAAGAUGCUGCAGUGUGGCAGUUGUGGUCAGUGGUUUCAUGAAGCCUGCACUCAGUGCCUGACUAAACCUCUGCUGUACGGGGACAGGUUUUAUCAUUUUCAGUGUUCAGUGUGUACAAAUGGAUCUGAGACCAUUCAGAGACUUCCCAUGACCUGGGUAGAUUUGGCCCAUUUGGUGCUGUAUCAUCUGUCCUUGUGCUGCAAGAGGAAAUACUUUGAUUUUGAUCAUGAAAUAAUGGCCUUCACCAAUGAGAACUGGGAUUCUUUGCUUUUGGGCACGUUGUCAGAUACGCCGAAGCAAGAUCGCUGCCACAACCUGCUCAAUGCAUUAAAUUCCCACAAGGACAGGUUCGUCUCGGGGAAAGAGAUCAAGAAGAAGAAAUGUCUUUUUGGCCUUCAGGUGCGAGCUCCGCCUCCGCUGUUGUCCGAUUCCUCACCCCUCAUCACCGAGCAGCCCAUCAACAUCACGCACCGCAAAAGCCCGCUGUCACUGCCGUGCCACAGACGACCGGUGGGCUCAGAGUCUCGCAAAUCAAAGCGGCGCAUCGUGGAGACGCUUCAGCAGCCGUGUCCACCUGCUAACCAGAUCAAUCUCGUGCCAUGUUGUCACGGGUGUGUGAACGGUGCGAGUGUCUACAACUCCCGGAAAUCCGAGGAGGAAUUACCGCUGGGGUCACCCCCCAAGAGAAUGUUCCCUCUGUAUCACCCGUCGUAUAACGGAUCUCAGGGUCUUCCUCGAACCCUGCAUCACUACAGUGCCGAGGACCCUUGUCGACUUCCUGCGCCCUGUCUCCCCUUCUCCAUGUCGUCCACUCACCCUCCAGGGCAGAGGUUUGAGCAAUGCCCGUCUCUGUUCCUGCGCGACGUCGCCCCCUACCCCAACGGAGUCAGCUUGGAAGGGCACACGGCGGCACGAGGCUGGGGCGGAGGCGAGGCUGUGAGGAUCCUGGCCAGACGCAUCACGCCGGACGGAAAGGUCCAGUACCUGGUCGAGUGGGGAAACGUGAGAGUUUAUUAGAAAGAAAACAAACAAAACUGCUCAUGUUACAGCAGAAAAAAAAGACACAAAUCCAGGUCGAGGCUCGACAGCGACUUCACUCUGUGGGAUUAAACUGUUAGAAAUCAUCCUUCUGUCCUUUCCACGGCGUCUCCUAUACUUCAAAUACUGUUAGAAAACACCUUUAGAUUGCCUUGAACUUUACUAUCCUGAUUUGUAUCAUAUAUAAUAUAAUAUAAUAGAUAUAUUCAUGUUAAUUACAUGUCUGAAUUACGGGAUUUUUAAAAAAAGAGAGCUUUAUGGCCAGGUCGUGAAUUACAUCAGUGUUUGUAACAAUAUCAUACAAUGGAAGAAGGGCAUCCUGGAUAAAUUCUUGUGAAUUAAGUACACUGAUCAGCCAUAACGUUAAAACCACUGACAGGUGAAGUGUUUAGUGAACAGUUAUUCCACAAAAUCGAGUCGUACAUGAGCUGAUAGCCGACGAGGCGCGUAGCACCAAGAUUGAGUGGAAUAACUGUUUUAUUCUAUCCACAUUCACUGGAUUUUGAGAAACAGAGCACUUUUAUUUUCUCAUUCUCAUUAUCUCUCAUUAUCUCAUCAAUGAGUGACUUUGGCAAGAGCCAAAUUGUGAUGGUGAGAUGACUGGGUCUGAUCAUCUCCAAAAUGGCACAUCUUGUGGAGUGACACCUUUCUGUUUUAGCCAGCAGUAACUUUUUCAGCAGUUUGUUCUACAGUAGCUCGUCUGUGGGAUUGGACCAUAUGGACUAGCCUUCGUGCCCCAUGCGAAUCAAUGAGCCUUCGGCACCCAUGACCCUAUCGCCGGUUCACUGGUUGUCCUUUGGAUCCUUAGACCACUUUUGGUCAGUACUAACCACUGCAUACCGGGAACACCCCACAGGAUGUGGCAUUUUGGAGACGCUCAGACUAGAGCCCUGCACUCCCGCGGGAGUCCCGCGGGACUCGCCGCAAAGCAGUGCAGCGCGGGACAAAUUUUGAAAGCUCAUUGCGGGCACGGGCGGGACCGGAAGUGCACAUAUGCGUGCGUGGGCGGGAGCGGAAGUGCACAUAUGCGGCGCGGGCGGGAGCGGUGAUAAGCUGCAGUCCCGCUAACUAAAAACUUGUUUGAAAUAAAAUUUAUAAAUUAUUAAUUUAUGUCUAUCAUAUAUAAUUUUGCUGGAUAUUUUAUUUAGCAUUAAUAAAAACAUUUUAAGAUGCCUAAAUUUGCAGAGAGAGUCAGAUUGAGUGAGGAAUGGCAUCUUAAAUUUGCCAUUGAUCAUCCUAACGGGAAAUCCUUUGAUCACUCUAAUGACUCGCAGUUCACACCCAACUAGCAAGAGAACCAUGA